UGCUGUCGUGGGAAAACCCGGAAGUGGAGCCGUUGUCAGUUACUCUAACAACAUGGGAUGACUUGUUUGUUGCUUGAACAAAGUCCUUAGCUACAUUAGCUGUCAGCCAUGGCUCACAACGAGGACGAGGAGCUGACCGACGAAGCCCCCAAGGAGGUAGACGUGAUUACAUCCAUCCGUUGCCUAGGUUACCUAUCAAGCAUCACCCUGCUUGUGGCAGUAUGUGUUGGCAUGUACGUCCGCUGGGAGGUGACCAGCGAGCCCAUGAUCCUCGUCAUCUUCAUCCUGGGCCUCUUUGUCCUCGGCAUAGCCAGCAUCCUCCAUUACUACUUUGCCAUGGAGCAGGCCAGCUUGAGCUUGUUCCACCUGUGGUUUGGCUUCCUGCUCGGUCUCCUGUGCUUCCUCAACAGUCCCGCCUUGGAUUCCAACGUCAAGGAAGUGGUCGCCAAGUAUCUCCUCCUGGCCAGCGUGGUUAUGAAGACGGUAUGGGCCGUCACGGAGCGAAUAUGCCGCUCCGUCCGCCACAAAGCCGUCGUGCUGAAAUCGACGGAGUUCCUGGAGCUGCUCGGAUUUGCCAUUGCCAGCACGACGAUGCUUCUACACAAGUCGGUCGCCAUCAUUGGCCUGGUGGUGGCGCUGGGGGCGCUCAUCGUGGACUUGAGGAUGAAGUCCCUGUUGGCUUUGCCUAACUUGGUCAACUUCACCCUGGUGACAUCGCUGGUGUUUUUCCAAGCGUUGGGGAUCACGGCGAACCCUUACGCCUUAGGGUGCUGCCUGGGCAGGCUGCUGUGUGAGCCUGUGCUGGAUGUCUACUUCAGCGGGCUGGGGCCCACCGAGCGAUGGAUGCCAGUGCUCACCUUGAGGAACAUGUGGAGGCGACUGUCCCUGCUGCCUUUGAGCCUGCUUGAGCUGACCUUCUUUGUCGUUGCUGCCCUUAAGCUUGGCCACUUGGAGUUGUGGUACCUGGUGAUCCCGGGCUUCUGCCUCUUCGGCGUCUUCUGGUCCAUCUGCCACGUCAUCCUUCUCAUCACAAUCUGGGGCUUCCACACCAAGCUGAGUGAGUGUCAGCUGGCCUGGCGGGCCCAGCGCUCCAGGAGCCGGAGCCUGGACCAGGUCAUGGCCUCCCGGGGCAUCCGGCACUUUUGCCUCAUAUCGGAGCGACUGGUGUUCUUCAGCCUGCUCUCCACGGUCAUCCUAGGCGCCGUGUCCUGGCAGCAGUCCAACGGGCUCUUCCUCAGCGCUCUGCUGGUGGUGCUGCCUUUGGAGUCGCUCGCCCACGGAUUGUUCCACGAGCUGGGCAGCUGCCUGGGGGGCACGUGCGUCGGCUACGCAUUAGUCGUCCCCACCACUUACUGCAGCGCUGACGGGCAGCCCACUCUGCUGCCCCCGGAGCAUGUGCAACAGCUGAACCUGCGCUCCACGGCAAUGCUGAACAACGUGCAGCGUCUCUUCUCCCACCACCUGAUCCAGACCUUCGGGUGCGACUACUCGGCCAGCGGCGUCACCCUGGAGACGCUGCAAGGCAAGCUGCGCAGCUUCCUGGACCUGCGGACGGCGGACGGGCCUCGCCACGACACCUACCUGGUCUUCUACAGCGGGCACACGCAAAAGGGAAGCGGAUCCUGGGCACUGGCUGGUGGAGAGAGUCUUCAUCUGAGCCAGCUGCUGGACUUGUGGAAGGAGAAGAACGCGGGGCAGUGCGCGCGCCUCAUUCUGGUCCUCGACACCGAAAACUCCCUCAACUGGGUUAAAGAGGUACGUAGGGUCGACGGGGUUUACGUAGCCGUGCAAACUGCCCAGCUGUCCGCCGCCGCGCCCGACCCCGAAGCGGGCGAGGCCCCGUUACUCGGGGACUUCACCUCCGAAUGGGUGGAGUUCAACUGCAACCCAGACAGCGACACCCAGUGGUCGGAAAACGAGCGGACUGUAACGGCGGUGUACGGCGUGUCCAAACGCUGGAGCGACUACACGCUGCAUUUGCCGACAGGCAGCGACGUGGCCAAGCAUUGGAAGACCCACUUUCCCAAGGCGACGUAUCCCAUGGUGCACCUCUCCAACUGGUGCUGCGGCCUUAACUUGUUCUGGACUUGCGGCGUGUGUCUGCGCUGCUUCAGGAGGUGCAAAUUAGCUUGGUUCCCACCGUCGGUGUUAGACACCGGGCAGGGAAUCAAACUGGUGCACUCGUAAACAUUUGGACGCAAAUUCACAAUUAAUGUUAGAUAUUUGUUUUAUUUACGUGACAGCCCGAUGAUGAUUUCAGGGGCAAAUAGGAGCCGAAUCUUCAUGAAAUAACAAGAAUACACACUUUUCUUUUUUUUUUUCAAAUGAUCUUUUUUUGCUUCAUAUUGAAUUACACAUGUUAAUGUUCUUCCAAUUAUUUGUGCCUAUUAUGCCUUAAAAACCUUAAUAAAGUGAUAUACUAUUUUAAA